UCAAUGGGAUUUUGUCGUAUGUCGUGAAAAUAUUUACAAACCAUGAUACUGUUUACAGUAAGGGCAAACUAGCCUUUGUAAUGACUAAUGAGACGCAAACUGUAAAAUCAAAGCAUGAGAAUCACUUUUAUUGCGGAAGUAGAAACCUUGCAUAGGUUAUAGAUGCAUUUUGCAUUCCUCAAUAGUCUUGGAUUUAACCGGGCUCAGAAUUUCUGUUGAUUUUUGGUUAUUGGACCGUUCCUUCACUGUAAGCCCAAGCGUCUAGAACCAUAAACCAUCCCUCUUCUACUUUUUUUUUUUUUUUUUUUUGAAACCAUCCCUCUUCUAUUUUCCCUCUCUCAUUGCCAGAAUACAAACCUACAACCUCUCUCUCUCUCUCUCUCUCUCUCAAGAAUUUACUACAAGAUUUACUCUAAUGGCUUAUUGUUGUAUGUAUUUCACAAUGUCUGUAGUGUUGGCUUUCAUAGCCAUCUCAACAUCUCUGCAUUCCAAACCAGGAGACCCAAUUUCACCAGGCAAAGUUGCGUUCCAUGAACUCUCGCUCAACGCCUCCAAAGCCCUGAGAAGAGCCGGGUUCAACUUCACGGCCACACUUUUUCAAGUAUCUCCCGAGAUCUUCCUUUCCUCUCCGAACUCAACAAUCUUCGCCAUCCAAGAUCAGGUCAUCUCCAACUCCUCUCUUCCUCCGUGGCUUCUGAAAGAUCUCCUUCAAUACCACACUUGUCCUCUCAACCUCCCAAUGGAUGAACUUUUAAAAAAGCCCCAAGGCAGCUGCUUGCCAACCCUCCACCGGAAAAAGAACAUCGCCAUAACCAAGAUCGAUUUGGAAGAAAAAUCGAUUGAGAUCAACCAUGUUGUGGUCUCACAUCCGAAUGUGUUUCUUGGGAAGACUAUUUCGGUUCAUGGGGUUCUUGAGCCGUUUUCUUCAUUAGAUCCUCAAGAUGUUCAUCAGGGUUGGAACAUUAUCCAAGCACCCAUAUGCGACUCCACGUCUGUUUUAGUUUCGGACGUUCUUGAAUCAAAGAAUAUGGUGGAAUGGUCAUGGAUCGUCCGUUUGCUGAGCUCGAAUGGAUUCAUUCCAUUUGCCAUCGGAUUGAAUUCUGUUCUUGAUGGGAUUCUUGAAGAUUACAGGGGUUUGGAAUCUGUGACAAUCUUUGCUCCUCCAAGUUUGUCAUCUUUGACAUCUGCUUCCCCUUUGCUCAAAAGAACCGUGAGGUUUCAUAUUCUUCCUCAAAGGUUGACAUACCAAGAGCUUGCUGCAUUGCCAUCUGGGAUGUUGCUCACUACUCUAUCUCCUGAUCUACAUGUCGAGGUCAGAGGCACAGCGAGUUUUGAGCAAGGACUGGUCGUCAACGGGGUCAAAAUUGCGGCACCUGACAUGUUUUCUUCAAAGAAUUUCACCAUACAUGGGAUCUCACGGGCUUUUGAGGUUGUUCAGGCUCCUGAUACACCUGUAUAG